CGUCGUUAUCCUCCCACGUAUCCUUCCCCCCCGGCCAAAAAAUACCCAGCGCCCUUGCAUAACCGACCUCAGAUUCAUUUUACAGACAGUAGUGGUUGUUCCAGCCGGUCUACAAUUCAACAUCCCACCGUUUUCCUUGAUCUGAAACUACAUUCCUUCAAUCAAUCAUGAGCGCUCGAGGUGGAAGGCAAUCAAUGUCUGAGCUGCGAUACCGCCGCUUGCUGGAGCACAACCAGAGGUUAAGAGAAGACCUGGCACGACCCAGGAUUCGCGUCAGCGAGGCCAGCGCGAGCCUCAUACGGUACUGUAAGACCACGAAAGACCAUCUGGUUCCGUCUGUAUGGGGACCGGUCGGAAGGAGUGAAGAUCCCUAUGCUCCACAGACGAACAAAGCAUGCUGCACCAUCCAGUGAUCUUCCACAAGACUUGGAGUGUGACCUGUUUUCUCCCUUCUCCUUUGUCUGUUCGCGUACGUUUAGUAUAGACCCUGUGUCCAUUUCACCUCCGCAGGACAGUAGGGUUUGUCGAUACCUUUCCGUACUGUAGUCUGCCUUUCCUAUCUUCUUGAGACCCUCUUUUGCUCCUCUUCGCCUGUAUUCACUCAGCGUUUUCCCUCGUUUACCUAGUGUGACCUUUCCCGGUGCAACAUACCAUCUCCUUGAAUCGCUUUAAUAUAUUCAGUGGUCUGGAUAAAAACUCAAAGGGACUAGCUGGUAGGUCAUACAACCUUCACUUCAGACACGCUGCAAGAACUGGCGGAUGCCACUCUCGUUUAAAGCACCAAUGAAGUGAUUCAC